GAGAACGUGCUCGUACCAAGGAUAAUAAUCUGUUGGGUAAAUUCGAAUUAACUGGAAUUCCACCUGCACCUCGUGGUGUACCUCAAAUUGAAGUAUCAGCCGUUGAUAAGACUACUGGUCGAUCCAGUAAGAUCACCAUCACAAAUGACAAGGGUCGAUUAUCGAAGGAAGAAAUCGAGAGAAUGGUUGCGGAUGCCGAGAGGUACCGUGCCGAAGAUGAAAAGGUUGCCCAGAAGAUACAAGCACGAAAUGGUUUAGAGAGUUAUUCAUACAACUUACGAAACACACUUCAGGACGAGAAGGUUGCAGGCAAACUUGAUGCUGAAGACAAAAAGAAACUCGAAGAUGCUAUUCAAGAAGCCAUCACAUGGCUUGAAAACAACCAAGAAGCAGAAAAGGAGGAAUAUGAACACAAACAGAAGUCACUCGAGGAAGUCGCUAAUCCAAUAAUGAUGAAAUUCUAUGGUGCCGGCGGUGCCGGAGGUGCUGGUCCUGGUGGAUUCGGAGGUGCUGGUGCUCCAGGAGGCUUCCCAGGAGGUGCUGCUAAUACCAAUGAUGAAUCUGGACCAACGAUCGAAGAAGUCGAUUAA